CCAAGUCAAGCCUUUUCCUUCUGUUCCCGUCUGUGCCAAGAGGAUCUGUGAAUCACUUUUGCAAUGUCUUUGGGUCUGAGUACAGAAUCGAAGAAAGAAAAAAACGGUAUAUAUACGAACAAAGAUACCCCUAAAACAGCUUACCGGAUCUCUGGUUCAGCAUCAGACUCAGAUCUCAUCGACUGUAGACUGAUACAACAACGACAAAACAUCAGUUCAAACACUUCCAUCCUUAUCAUCUCAAGGACUAGACGAACAGUCUUCAGCAAACUUUCUUCACCCGCAUUAUCACUUUCACCAACCGAACAACAGACAAGAUGAAGGCCGCAACCAUCACUGCCAUCCUGGCCCCUGCAGCCAUGGCUAACGCUGAGUGGUGGGGAGGAGCUCCUGGCUGUGCUGCCACUUGCAUGUCCUCGGCCUGGAACAAUGCCAACUCGUGGCCCUCGGCGACCUCUUUCUGCGCCACGCCUACCCCGACCGUCGCCGCGUGCGUCUCGACCGCCUGUGCCGCCACCCCGACCGCCUGGUCCAGCUUCUCCGCCAUGUCGUCCAACCUCUGCAGCCAGUGGUCGUCGUGCACGGCCAGCGGGUCCGACGCGGUCCGCACCAUCACCGCGACGGGCGGCACCUGGGGCGGCGGCUGGUUCAACGACGCGGCCAGGGGCUGGGACGACGCCAGCCGCAAGGAGUGGGAGGACAAGUGGAAGAGCCGCGGCGGGCCCGGCGGCCCCUUCCCCUGGAAGCGCGACGGUCCCCAGUUUGGCCCCGGCGGCCCCAAGGCCCUGACCUCGGGUCAGGUCUACACCGUCACGGGCUGCGACUGGAACGACGGCUACUGGGGCGGCUUCGGCUGGGGUGCCGGCUUCGGCGGACCCUGGGGCUGGGGCACGGGCUGGACCGCCAUGGCCACGUCGACCGGCCUCGUCACCCGCACCAUCACCAGCAACGGUGCCGUCGUCACCACCACCGAGGCCGCCACCAUCGGCGUCGCCGUCAGCGGCACCGUCACCACCACCUCCACCUUUGGCUUCGUCCAGGCCCAGGCCACGGCCACGGGCAGCAGUGACGCCGGCCGCGUCGCCGCCAACGGCGCAAAGGUCGUCGGUGCCGUGCUCGGCGGUGUCGUUGGUGUCGCUGCGCUUCUGUGA